AUGACUACUCCAGCACCUCCAGCACCAGCAGCUCCAGCACCUCCAGUACCUCCAGCUCCAGCACCUCCAGUACCUACAGCUCUAGCACCUCCAGCACCAGCAGCUCCAGUACCUCCAGCACCUCCAGCUCUAGCAUCUCCAGUACCAGCAGCUCCAGCACCUCCAGCACAUGCAGCUCCAGUUCCUCCAGCACCAGCAGCUCUAGUACCUCCAGUACUUCCAACUCUAGCACCUCCAACACCAGCAGCUCUCGUACCUCCAGUACCUCCAACUCUAGCACCUCUAGCACCAGUAGCUCCACUACCUCCAGCACCUCUAGCACCUCCAGCUCUAGCACCUCUAGCACCAGCAGCUCCAGCACCUCCAGCUCCAGCACCUCCAGCACCAGCAGCCCCAAAACCUCCAGCACUAGCAGCUCUAGUAACUCCAGCACCUCCAGCUCUAGCACCUCCAACUCGAGUACGGCUAGCUCCACCACCAGGGCUGCCCUACCGAAAAGCUCACUCGCGAAGCCGCUCGGGCGAGAGAGUCUCCUGCCAACAAGCACCAGUACCGCUAGUACUAGCCUCUCCAGCACUAGGACCUCCAGCAACUCCAACUCCAGUACCACCAGCACCAGCACCUCCAGCACCUCCAACUGCAGCACCUCCAGCUCCUCCUGUAUCCGUAGGACACUCAGCACCCCCAGAACCAGCACCCCCAGAGUCCGCACCCCCAGUGUCACCACCUCCAGCAGCACCAGAGUCCACAGCGACUGGCUGCAGAGGCGGUGAAGACGGCCGAGGCGGAAAAUCAGGAGGGGCCGCCAAGCGCGCUGAGCGGCGAGGGGCCACAGUGUCGGCAUCAGUCGGAUCACCCCCCUCAGCUGGGCCAGAAGUGUCAGAGGAGACCUCCAAAGGCUCAACCAAGGGGGGUGGGUCUACCUGA